GGGGGAGCUGUGGGACAAGGGGCAAGGGGUCCCUAGGGGUGCUGUGCCGCAGGGGCAGGAGGGGACCCAGGCGGGCAGGUUGUGGAGGCUGGGUCCUGAGCUGCCUGCCCGACAGUGAGCAAUGCGGGCGUGGGGCUGGCGGGGCCACUCGAGGGGCUCUCAGUGGCUGAGAUGCAGCGUGUCCUGGAUACCAACUUCCUGGGCACCGUGCGUCUGGUGCGAGCUGUGCUGCCCGGCAUGAAGCAGCGCCGCGCUGGGCACAUUGUGGUCAUCAGCAGCGUCAUGGGCCUGCAGGGCGUCAUCUUCAAUGACAUCUAUGCAGCCUCCAAGUUCGCUGUGGAGGGCUUCUGUGAGAGCCUGGCCAUACAGCUGCUGAACUUCAACAUCCAAGGUGCCCCUGGGUCCUGCUUGGAGCCCUGCGGGGAAUGGCAUUGUACAGCUCAGGGGCUCUUCCUGGUGGGUGGGGUGGGGGGUGGGGGGUGGCUGCAGGAGGCACUGGAGUCCAACACCUCCAUGAACGUUGUUUGUGCCCACAGUGUGUCCCUGGUGGAGCCCGGCCCAGUGCACACAGCCUUUGAGCAGCAGCUGCUGGAUGAGGCCUCGCACCGUGAUUUCCCGGACACUGACCCCACCACGCUGGGCGCCUUUCGGGAUGCCUACGUGCCAGCCACCCGCCGCCUCUUCGCCGCCCUGGGCCAGAGCCCUGAGGAUGUAGUUGAGGCCGUGGUGCGGGUGCUGGGGGCUGCCCGCCCACCCCUCCGCACACAGACGAACCGAGGCUACAAGGUGCUGGUGGCUCUGAAGCGUGUGGACCCCUCGGGGACCCUGUCUGUCCAUGCCUCCCACCACCUGCUCUUCAGCUGCGGCGGCCGCCUCCUUGGCCCUGGCCUCCGCUUCCUCCAGUGUCUCGCCUGUGGCUGCUGCCGACCCCAGGUGGUCCCUGCCUGACCCCAGCUUGCUCUCCUGGCUGCGGUGCCGGGCAGCUCCUUCCCAGCACCAGCCCAGGGAGCCCCCAAUCACUCCUCAGCUGACUCCUGUAUAACUCUUGAUUGCAAGUGACCUAGACCUGCUGACACAAAACCAUCCAUCACCCACAGCAUGCUCCUGCCUCAUGAGCAGCUGCUGGCACCAAAAGCAUUGCCCUCCUGGUGUGUGGCCCCAUCUUCAGGGUUCCCUGAGCCCAACACACAGACAACAGCUGCAUCUGUGUUGACUCUGCUCUUUUACUGAGCAGUGAGCCAAAGAUCUUCCUGGAGCUGCUUUGGCUCCUGAUGCACUGAGACACCCCCACAGCUCACAAUCCAGAGAUCUCCCACUUCUCCAGAACCAGCUCCUCCAUUUGGGGGUGGCAGAGGGGAGGGGUGGCAAGAUCAAGGCACUCUGUAAACCCAAUAAAACCUGUCCUAGAUUCCA